GCUACGGCCCCCAGUUCACCCUGCAGCACGUCCCCGAUUACCGACAGAACGUCUACAUCCCGGGCAGCACCGCCACCCUCACCAAUGCCGCCGGCAAGCGUGACGCCAAGGGCGCCGGCUCCUCGGGGGGCAACAAGAAGAAAUCCGGGAAGAAGGAGAAGAAGGACAGAAGAAGAAGAAGGAGACCUUAG